AUGUCAACGGAUAGCACAAUCAUCCUCGUCACCGGUGCCAACACCGGCAUAGGCUAUGAAACUGUCAAAGCACUCCUCCGCUCAGACAGAAAGUACACGAUCCUCCUCGGUGGCCGCGAUAUCUCCAAAGCGGGAGCCGCGGCCAAGUACGCACAAGAUGAAGUGAAGUCGAGCGCUGGAAGCACGGUCUCGCCGCUGCAGAUCGAUGUUACAGACGACUCCUCCAUCACCGCCGCGUUCCACACCGUACAAUCGAAACACACUGACAUCGACGUCCUGAUCAACAACGCCGGCGCCUCCUUCGACUCCAACCUCCUCUCCAAAGAACUAAGUGUUCGCGAAGUGUGGAACAGAUCCUGGGACACGAACGUCACGGGCGCGCACAUUGUUACUGAGGCUUUCUUACCCCUUCUGCUCAAGUCUUGGGCGCCGAGGCUGUUGUUCAAUACCUCCGGCCUAUCGUCUUUAGAAGACGCAUCAAACCCCAAGAGUCCCUUCUACAAAGAAGCACCAGCCGGUUUGCCAAAGCCGUUCAGCCCCAUUGCGUAUCAGUGCAGUAAGACGGGGCUGAACAUGUUGAUUGUGAACUGGACGAGGCUGGUGAAGGAUGGGGUGAAAGUUUUUGGGGUGGCGCCUGGCUUCCUGACGACAGGACUUGGUGGCAAUCCCGAGAUGUUGAAGAAAGCUGGCGCGGGAGAUCCGAGUAAGGGUGGUGCGGCUUUGGUUGCGGUGGUGGAGGGCAAGCAUGAUGAGAAUGCUGGGAGAGUGGUGAGAGAGUAUGGUGAUAGUGCGGUGCAGAACUGGUGA